GGGGACCCUUCUUUUGGCAGGAGACGCAUCCCUGGCCCUCGCUGUUUCGCGGGGAAACCCGCUCCCCUCAACAGCAACCAGUCCCCUCAUCUCCUGCACAUGGGAGGAGGAAGACACACUCAGAGCAAGGCCACUCGUCUCUGGAACGUGGGCGGAGAACACACAAGAAUUCCUCAGAGAUUUUAGAAGAGAAAUCGAGGGUGGCAACCUGGGAGAAGUGGAGGAAAGGAAACUGACUGCCGAGCGGGGUCCCGCCGUCACCCGUGAGACGACGGGAAGGAACAAGCAGGUAGCCCGUGAGGGCCGGCGCCCAGGAAAGAAGAGCUACCUGUUGAAUGGCACUGGCUCCGCGGAGGCGGAGGGGAAAGAGGGCGAGCCACCCGGAGAGCCGACCCGUCGUCUCCAGACAGCCCCGCCGGGCCAGUGCGGUCUCAGCCCAGCGCCUGCGGGGCCCCACCCUGAGGAGCCUCGGCCGCAGACGCGGCGACGAGAGACACCGACAGAAACAAGGGGGGCGGACGGCAGGAGCCGGUCCGGCCCGCUCCCGCGGCUCCGAUAUUGCCUUUCCUCCCUCAGGAGGGCUGCUGUACAGACUCUGAAGAAUCUGAAAGCAUCUGGAGAAAAUGACCCAUUGGUUUCAUAGGAACCCAUUAAAAGCUACAGCUCCUGUCUCUUUUAAUUACUAUGGUGUAGCCGCUGGCCCUCCUGCUUCAAAAAUUUGCAAUGAUUUGAGAUCAUCCAGGGCACGCCUCCUUGAACUGUUCACUGAUUUGAGCUGUAAUCCAGAAAUGAUGAAGAAUGCAGCAGAUUCAUAUUUUUCACUUUUACAAGGUUUCACAAAUUCAUUGGAUGAAUCUACCCAAGAAAGCAAGUUACGAUAUAUUCAAAAUUUCAAGUGGACUGAUACAUUACAAGGACAGGUUCCAAGUGCCCAACAGGAUGCUGUUUUUGAAUUAAUUUCCAUGGCAUUUAAUGUAGCUUUAUGGUAUACCAAAUAUGCUUCAAGACUGGCUGGAAAAGAAAACAUAACAGAAGAUGAAGCAAAAGAAGUACAUCGAAGUCUAAAAAUUGCAGCUGGGAUUUUUAAACAUUUAAAGGAAAGUCAUAUCCCAAAACUUAUUACACCUGCAGAAAAGGGAAGGGAUUUAGAGGCACGGCUCAUAGAAGCUUAUAUUAUCCAGUGUCAGGCGGAAGCUCAAGAAGUAACCAUUGCUCGAGCAAUUGAACUAAAACAUGCUCCUGCACUAAUUGCAGCAUUGGCUUAUGAAACAGCCAAUUUCUAUCAAAAAGCUGAUCAUACUUUAUCCAGUUUGGAGCCUGCAUAUUCUGCUAAAUGGAGAAAAUACCUUCACUUGAAAAUGUGUUUCUACACAGCUUAUGCUUACUGUUAUUAUGGUCAGACUUUAUUGGCUAGUGACAAAUGUGGUGAAGCAAUCAGGUCUCUCCAGGAAGCAGAAAAAUUUUAUGCAAAAGCAGAAGCACUAUGUAAAGAAUAUGGAGAAACCAAAGGACCUGGACCAACAGUCAAACCUUCAGGACAUUUGUUCUUUAGGAAACUUGGAAACCUUGUGAAGAAUACUCUAGAAAAAUGUCAGAGAGAAAAUGGAUUUAUUUACUUUCAAAAAAUUCCAUCGGAAGCCCCACAACUGGAACUUAAAGCAAAUUAUGGUCUUGUAGAGCCUGUACCUUUUGAAUUUCCUCCUAUAAGUGCUCAUUGGACACCAGAAACAUUGGCUACAUUUGAUCUCACCAAGAGACCCAAGGAUGACAGUACCAAACCCAAACCAGAGGAAGAAGUGAAACCUGUGAAAGAGCCAGAUAUCAAACCUCAAAAGGACACUGGCUGCAGCAUCUCCUAAAAUACACCUGAAAUACAAUAUGCACUUAGAAUUCUCUACUAGUAAAUAAGAUAAACCAUGGAACUUGAGUUCAUAUUUCUUGAAAUGAUUUCCGUGAAGUCUGUAGAAUAAUUAUUACAUUCAGUGGGAAUCUGCCUUCAGUUUAUUUGUUCUUGAUUUUUAAUAUAGUGGAGAUAUUACAUGCUUUGCUUUUGAAUCUCCUUUUUAAUCAGGACAACAUGUGAAAGAUUUUAUUGUGUCUCUAAAGGUUGUAUUUGAGGGUUGGGUCUUUUUUUUUUUUUUUUUACACUGGGUAG